AUGCGCAUGAUCGGCUUUCGUCAGGUCAACGUGUCGUAAUGCACCGUGAGACCCGGAGGCAGUUUGCCUAUGAGAGCCAUCUACGCUGACGAUCGUAUCUCAUGCGACUAUAGAGAAUCCGGUUCGCAAGUCACCUACUACAGCCGGGUCAAGGUUCCGUCCACCCUUUCCAGCAUGCUGUGCUACGGUUUCGAUGAUCAGAGGCCAGGCCCGAUGAACAGCUUUACGGUUAAAAACCACCUUCAAAAUCAUAAUAUAAUUGAAAACAAAUGGAAGGGCGAAUUCGACGCUUCACAGUCCAACUAUUUUCUCGCUAGUCAAGGUUUUACGGCAACCGGUCUUCAGUGGCUAAUGGUCGGAAGGGGCGGAAAUCACAAACAGGCCACUGGUGGUAAUGUCCAUACGGCGUUGAUGACCAGCAUAGAGUCAUGUCCGGUCAGAGUGCAGCUGAAGCAGUGCCGACUCAAAAACAUGUUGGCCGGCGCUUUUCGCCUCACCUCCAGUGGCGCAAACGGCAGCGAUGAUGACUUACACAUACUGACCUACGGAUUCUGUGUCCACCACUGA